AUGUCUUCUCAAGCCAUCUCUAUCGAUCGUCUGGCGUUGCAUGCCCUGCGCUUCAAGGCCAGCACCCCCUCAGCAUUGGUGCUCGGCCUCGGUUUGUAAGUUCUCAGAAAUUGAGGCUUCGUGUGGGUGGUGAUGCCAAUCACUGACCUGAUGUAUGCGCCCCUUCGCGUCUAUUGGCAAAUGCACCCAGCGCUGCCAACUCGUAUCUUUUCCUUGGUAACACGGCCCUCGCUGGCCUGGGCCCCUUGCCUGCUAUCACUUCCUGGAGGGAGGAGCUGGGCUUGCGCGCAGGACAAAGCGCCGUAAUGUGAGUACAAAGUCGUCCAACACAGCGGUCCGAUGGGAUCGCUCAAGGCGGUGGAAGAGAUGUCGCUCCCGUUGUGUAUUCGAUGGACCCAUCUUCUUGAUAAGUAUCGUGCGAGGUGCUGCGUUCAGCAUGCACAAACAGGAGCCAUCUUGCGCGAUCCCGGGCCACAUGCUUUCAAACUCUGUAGCUAACACGUGCAAUCCACGAUCCACGCAUCAUCAGCUUCAAGAAGUUCUACAAAGCGGCGACUCCUCACUUUGCUGGGUCCGCAGUCCUUUCUUCUUUGUCGUUCCUGGCCACAGGCUUCCUCGCUCGUCCUUUGAGAGUCCUCGUCUGGCCAGCCGCACUUCUUUCAGGAGCUGUGCCAUUCUUCACCUACUUUGCCAGUAAGUCAUCGCGGACGUUCAAGCGGGCAGACGCAUAAUUCCUCGGGAUCGCUUCUCAGUUCAGCUACACCCACCUCUGCCCACUUUCUAACGCCGGCAUCAUUUCGUCGGUUGUCGCAGUGUACCCGACCAACAACGCAAUUUGCGACACGGCAGACACCGUGGGACCAGUCAAGGGUGCUAUCGAGACGCUCUCCCCGAGCGAAAUCAAGCAGACGGACGAGCGCAUUAACAGGUGGAUCCUGCUCAACAACAUUCGAAUGGGUUUCUCUGGCACAGCUUGGUAAGUGUCCCGCAUACGAAGUCCUGACGCAAAUGCGCAUCACCGUCGCCUCUCCAAUGAGCCCGGUCGCUGACACAGCCUCUCGCAUGCCGUCACCAGGUUGUUCGCCUUCUCUGCCGUUCUGCUAUACUGA